UCCCCGCCGCCCCCCAGCCCCCGCCGCCGCCGGCGACCCAUCGAAGGAACAAGCGGUUGUUUUUACCCGAAUUCGCCUCGCCGACCGCUUCGACGUCCCCAACAUCCACCGCCUAAUACAUCAGAUGGCGGAGUUCGAGCUCCUCACCAACCUCUUCUCCGCCACCGAAUCAUCACUUACCUCCACCCUCUUCCCUUCCCCUCCACUCCCCCCCUUCCGAUCAUUCACCAUCCUCAUUCUCGAACUCUCCCACUCCCCCAUCCCGAAGUCCGCCGACGACGACGAUUCCAACCUAGGGUUCCGCCCGAUCCUGGGCCGAAUCGUACUCAAGUCAACUGUCGUCGAUCCGGAGUCGUCUACCUUCGCCUCCCCGCGCGGUAACGGGCUGGUGGUCGCUGGAUUCCUGCUAUGCUUUCCGAACUACUCCUCCUUCAUGGGGCUGCCGGGAAUAUACGUGGAGGACAUAUUCGUGAGGGAAGCAUGGAGGCGGCUGGGGAUGGGGAAGAUGAUGCUCGCCGCGGUGGCGGGUGAGGCUGCAAGGCUGGGAUGCGGGAGGGUGGAGUGGUGUGUGCUUGACUGGAAUGAGAACGCGAUUGCGUUCUAUAAUGGAAUGGGGGCUGAGGUUUUGCCACAAUGGAGGAUCUGUCGGCUUACAGGCGAGGAGCUCAGCAAGUUCGCCGUGGAUUAAGAGGUUUUCUCCCAUCGGCCAUAAGUUGUGCUGCUGAUUUUGUUCUCUGUUUUUUUUUCGUUUCAUAAUAAUUUUGUGGCAAUUUUUGGAAUUAGCAAUUCAAUUUGAACAGCUCUGUCAUUGGUGCGCGCAUUUUCUGUCCGGACACCUGACGUUACUCUAAGUGCGGGGCAAGUUAUUCCUGAGUUAUUUUCAGAUUAUUUCUGGAAUAAUCACGAAAUAACCCAGAAAUAACCCAAAAGUAAAAACCGCGGGUUAUUUCCGGAUUAUUUCGGGAUUAUUGAAAAUAAUCAAAAAAAUAACAUGAAAAUUACUCAUGAAUACACUGCGCCGCACGUAGAGCUACGUCAAGAGUAAGCACAGAAAAAUUUUUGGUCAUUGGUACCUUAGAUCACAGGAGCAAUUCCGCAAUAUCGCGGGAAUAUUGCGACCAUGACUGUAGGAUUGCUGGUCUCAUAAUGUUAUUCCAUAUAGUUUUUCAAAUAUAACUCAAACUUUUUGCA